CAGGAGAGUGCAUUCAAAAGAGCUUUAAGAGCACUUAAAAUUGCCGUAAAUUGUACGAGGAGAGGAGCAUUCGAAAGAGCAUUUAUUGAAGGGUUUAUUUUGGUGAUUAUUAAAGAGCAUUAAAAACAUAGAAGAGCACAUAAAUUUCCGUAACUGUCGAGAUCUAAUGAGUCUCUUCGUGUUGAAAUGCCUGAAGUUUUCCCAAUUCACUCAUGGACCCGCCAAGAGAUCACAUUAAACGAAAAGCUAAAAUGAAUCGUGUUUCGCAUUCUACCUAGUACUUCGGACAACUCGCUUGUUGUAGUUAUCGACGCCAGGGGAAUGAUCUCAAUCUAGAUGAAGAUCUGAUGAAGCACUACUAAGCCUCUUUGGCUGGGUCUGAAACUCUCUGGCCUCGCCAGGCCUCAUACCUUCCAGCGGUUCCAGUCUUCUUAAAUCCUCCUGCCGUUCCAACCUUCCAGCCCUCAUGCUGCUCUCCAGCCCUAAUCAUCCCAUUCAGUUUUGCCAUCCACCCCCUCCUCCUUCACCCCGUGGAUCUGCGAUAUCUCCGCCGCCAGAUCCGACUUGGCGAGCAAAUUGUCUAUCUCCCUCUAGCGGAUCCGCUGCAUCCUCACCAUCUGGGCCAUUUUUAUCGCCAAAUGUGCUCGCACUUUCCAACGAGCAAAUUAAUCCCAAAAGCAGUAAUCUUUCACUGAUAAUUUGCUCUCGUCCACCAGUUAUAAAUUUCAGCCUAUUACCACAAUGUAGGCUUACCAUUAUCACUACUAUGUUUGGCCACACCAAGAGGUCGGUCACGUUUGAGGGCUUGGACUGCCUCGCAGACACCAAGUCCCACGAGUACAUGAUGGCCAGAAUGAGACUGCAAAAACAUGUUCCUUUUAUCGAACAGCCCAAAUACGGCAAGUACACCGUGUACUUUGCCGUGGUGGUGUUGUUCAUAGCCACCGUUAAGCACGCUUGGUUCCUCCAGCGCGACUACUUCUACAAGAAGCGCCCCAGCUCCAAUGUGGGAACUUCGCUUGUUGAUGUGCUAGUGGCCUACUGUCGUUUCGUGGGCUACAAGCAAGUGCCAGCCUCUAUCAGCUACUUCACUUCGUUGCCACUGUCGAUUGGCUCGUCGCUCUUCAUGAUAGUGUCGGGCUUGUACAUGUUUUGCUACUGUCUUGUCCCCCAUUUCUGGUACAGAGGAUGCAGAGGUUUUGGCUCGCCUCCAUUGGCUGUCAGAGCAGGUAUCAUGGCCACAGCGUUGACUCCGUUCAUCUACGUGAUGGCAGGAAAGUCCAACAUGAUUUCGGUUUUGACAGGAAUCAGCUACGAGAAGUUGAACGUGUACCACCAGUACGUGGGAGUGUCUGCACUCGUGCUUUCCAUCAUCCACACCAUUCCGUUCAUCCACCAGUUGCGUAUGGAGGGUGGCAGCAAGCACCUCUACGACACGGUGUUUGGCGACUUCAACUACUACAGUGGUAUUCCUCCUUUGGUCUUACUCGGAGUGUUGUGUCUCGCCUCCAAGUCCGUCAUCAGAAAGUACAUCUACGAAACCUUCUGGCACUUGCACUGGAUGGCUGGAAUCGCCUAUUUCGGCACAUUGUGGUGGCACAUCAACGACCAGUUGGGUUGUGAAAACUACAUGUACGGAGCCUUGGGCUUCUGGGCCACCCAGUUCCUCUACAGAAUCUUGAUGAAGACUGCCUUCAAACCCAACAAGUUGUUCUUGAAGCCCAGAAAGGCUCAGUUGAAGAAGUUGAACGACGGCAUCUUCGAAGUUAUCAUUGCCAACACCGACGGGUACAAGUGGCAACCAGGCCAGCACGUUUUCUUGAGAUUCGUGGGCUCCAAGUUCUUAGACAACCAUCCCUUCUCCAUCAUCUCCAUGAGCGACCACGACAACAAGGAAAUGAAGUUCAUAAUUCUCCCCAAGAAGGGUAUGACCAAGGUGUUGUUCGACCAAUUGGACGACUUUGUCGCCAAGGAAAAGCUCGUGUACAUCGAUGGUCCUUACGGUGGCACCAGCAGAGACCCAACCACCUUCGAAAGAGUCGUAUUGUUGGCUACUGGUACUGGUAUCACUGCCACCCUCCCAUACUUGAGUUUCUUGAGUAACCACAUCAGAGACGUGACUGCCAAUGGCAAGCUCCCGCUUAUCACCCGUGGUAUCAACUUCGUGUGGGUUAUCAAGCACCACGAGGACAUUGCCUGGGUUCGUGAGGAAUUGGAAAGAUGUCAAUCUGUUGCUGGUGACUACAUCAACAUCGAUAUUUACAUCAGUAGAGACCACAACGAACUCCCUGCUGAAAAGGCUAUCGAUGAAAAGAACGCCGGGGAAUCCGACAAGUCUGCCCACGACAUGGAAACCGAAUUUUCCGUUUCCAGCUCUGCCCACUUCAACAUUCACAACUACAAGCCAGACCUCAGAUCUGUCUUGAAUGGCCUCAAGGUUUCAUUUGCCAGAAGAAACAUGAUCGUCAGCUCUGGUAGCGACUCGAUGAGACUGGCUAUUAGCUCUGAAGUUUCCAAAUUACAGGCCUUGGUUUUCAACAAUGACCUCAACCUGAACUCCAUUGAAGAGGUGUUCUUACACUCCGAGUCUUUCGGAUGGUAGUCCAGUUGGUGUAACUAAUGGGGAAUAGUGCACAUUAUAGAAUUAGUAUUAAUUAACAUAUUCAUUAGACUUAACAUUAAAGGGUACAGUGCACAUUAUAGAAUUAGUAUCAAUUAACAAUAAUUUAGAAUCGAA